GCCUCUGAUAUGCUGUGGACGCGCGGGCCCCGCCUGGGCGCUUCGCCGCUCCGGGCAGCGCUGGGCCUCGGGCGGGGCGGGUCGGCCAGUCGGGCGGCGUGCACCCGGCGCGGACAGGCCUGGCAGCGGCCGGAGGGCCAUGACACCGGCGUGCAGGUGUACAAUAGCCUCACCGGCAGGAAGGACCCGCUGAUCGUGGCCCGCGCGGACGCCGUCUCCUGGUAUAGCUGUGGACCAACUGUAUACGAUCAUGCACACCUUGGCCAUGCUUGUUCCUACGUCAGAUUUGAUAUCGUUCGAAGGGUCUUAACUGAGUUUUUUGGAUGCAACAUCGUCAUGGUGAUGGGGAUCACAGAUGUGGACGACAAAAUAAUCACUCGAGCCAAGGAGAUGAACGUGUCUCCUGCUUCUCUCGCCAGCGUGUAUGAAGAAGAUUUCAAGCAAGACAUGGUAUCCCUGAAGGUUCUGCCGCCCACGGUGUACUUGAGAGUCACUGAAAAUAUCCCUCAGAUAAUUUCCUUCAUUGAAGGAAUAAUUGCUCAUGGACAUGCUUAUCCAACGUCCAAAGGCAAUGUCUACUUCGAUCUGAGGUCGAGAGGGGACGAGUAUGGCAAGCUGGUCAGCGUGUCACUGGGUGCAGCUGGAGAGCCAGUUGACUCCGACAAGCGCCAUGCCAGUGACUUUGCCCUGUGGAAAGCAGCAAAGCCUCAGGAGGUAUUCUGGGCCUCACCCUGGGGGGACGGAAGGCCCGGCUGGCACAUCGAGUGCUCUGCCAUGGCCAGCAUGGUGUUUGGAAGUCAGCUGGACAUCCAUUCAGGCGGGAUAGACUUGGCUUUUCCACAUCAUGAAAACGAAAUUGCGCAGAGUGAGGUCUUCCAUCAGUGCAAGCAGUGGGGGAAUUACUUUCUACAUUCCGGACAUUUGCAUGUGAAAGGCGGAGAAAAAAUGUCCAAAUCGUUAAAAAACUACAUCACUAUCAAGGACUUUCUGCAGAUGUUCUCCCCCGAUGUCUUCCGGCUCUUCUGCAUGCGCAGCAGCUACCGGUCAGCCAUUGACUACAGCGACAGCUCCAUGAUGGAAGCCAAGCACCUCCUGCUGGGGCUGACCUCUUUUGUGGAGGAUGCACGUGCCUACAUGAAGGGCCAGCUGGCCUGUGGCCCCAUCAGGGAGGAUGUGCUGUGGGAGAGGCUCACCAGCACCAAGGGGGCUGUGAAAGCUGCAUUGGCCGAUGACUUUGACACACCCAGGGCAGUCGAUGCCAUCCUGGACCUCGUGCACCACGGGAACAGACAGCUCAGGGCAGUCACAAAGGAACCAGGUGGCCCAAGGAGCCCUACGGUAUUUGGUGCCAUUGUCUCCUACAUUGAGCAGUUUUUUGAGACUGUGGGGAUUUCAUUGGCAAAUCGACAGUGUGUUUCAGGGGGUGGCAGCUCUGCUGCACUGCGCAGCGUGGUGGACGAGCUGGUGCGCUUCCGGCUGAAGGUCCGGCAAUAUGCACUGACCACACCUGAGGCCACCAGGGAGGCCCGGCAGCAGCAGCUCCAGGAGAGGCGGCCCCUGCUGGAGGCGUGCGAUGCACUGCGCCGUGACCUUGCUGCUCAUGGCAUCAGCAUUAAGGACAGAGGUGGUGUGACUUCCACAUGGGAACUGCUGGACCCCAGGACAAAACGGCAGAAACCAGGGAGCUGAGGACAGAGCCUGCCACGGGCCCACACGUAACACUCCACGGC